UCGAUGCUCAAUUAAACCAAGUAUUUUGUAAAUAAAUUAUGUAUUCGUUAUUUGAUGCACAUGUUAUUUUGAUGCAACAAAGCAAUUACACCGAAUAUAACCAACCGAGAAGCUAUAGUACACGACGCACGUUUAAAGAUCAUGAAGUCUAAAGUCAUGGAGUAUACUAUAGGAGCCCUCUUGCUUCUGAACGCGGCAUUCGUAGUUUCUGAAUUUGCAGCUUCAAGUUUCAACGUCAGACCAGAGACGCCAGCGCCCAACUUUCUGCCGAGUCCCUUGAAUGUCACUUUCCGGCGCGGGGAGCUGGCGGUACUGGGAUGCAGCGUGUACAACCUCGGAACAAAAACAGUUGUUUGGAGGCGACAGGAAAGUUCUUUCCCAUUGACAUCCGGUACGAUGACCGUUGUUGCAGACGAGCGGAUACAGAUUGGUCAUGUAGACUUCAAGAAUCAAUGGGAUCUAAUGAUUAAAAAUGUGCAACCGGAAGAUGAGGGCGUGUAUGAGUGCCAGGUGGCAUCAACCAAUAAGUAUAUGCGCAGAAUGGUCACUCUCACAGUGAUUGAUUCAAGUGCAGAGGCCCCGGAGAUUUCCAUCAGCGAUGAACAGUACGUUGAACGUGGCGAACCAGUCAAUUUACACUGCAACGCCACGGGACAGCACUAUAUCCCGGAUGAGAUAGACUGGUUCCGCAACGGCGAAAGAGUCACGUCUGAGAAACAUAGUGGCAUAAAAUUAUUUAAACAACUAUCAAUUGCUCAUAAAACGUUUACUAGCAUUUUGAGCAUUGAUAAAGCGACCAUGGAAGACAAUGGAGUGUAUGUGUGUAGGUCGUCCAAUAUGCGAAUUGCUAAUACGAAAGUCCACGUUUUGAACGGUAAGGACAAAGCGGAGACGUCCAAUAAAAAGCGAGGAACAUAUCAUGACGGGUAUACUGACGAACAAGUGUCAAGUGGUCAUAUGCAGUCGUCUGCUCCAAAUAUUCGGGAGGUGACAUUCGCGUAUAUUUUUCUGUGUAUUUUGCUAGUGUUGAAAUAUUGAUACAAACGGCAUAAACAUCAAGUAAUCCCUUGAAGAGACCUAUUCGAACUGAAAACUGAAAGUGGAUUACAGCGUCAACACGGUAUUAAUCAGGAUUGUCAAGUGAUAUAUAUUAAUUCAGUGAGGUCUUCAAAAUGACAGUUGGGGGAAUAACGAACUAGAGAAAAAGUUACUACAAGAGUUAUUACAACUCGAUGCCAAUCGUUCACAAAUCUGCGACUUUGAGCAAAGGUGAUCAAGAUAUUUUGGUAUCAAAAAUAUAUACUAAGAAAAGUAUGUGGGUGAAGACCCGUCUGCAGAUAUCGGUGAUGCACAACGUGAAGCGCGUGUGUCAGUCUUUGCAAUGAAUGUGCUUUCUGAAUUUUCGCGAUAAAAUAUUUAAAAUAAGAAAUUAUAUUAUUUAUUGGCCUUGGUUUGUGAAAAGUUUUUUUUCUACUGCAUCAGCAAAGAAGUUUCGUCCUAGAUUAGCCUGUGCAGUCCGCACAGGCUAAUCAGGGACGACACUUUCCGAUUUUACGAUAUUUUUGCGUUUAAAGAAAGUCUCUCCUUAGCAAAAAACCAGUUCAGGCGGAAAGUGUCUACCCUGAUUAGCCUCUGCUGACUGCGCACAAUAAUUAAACCCUCUUGUCAUUGAGCACGACCCAAAUUUAUUUCUGCUAGAAAAUUAUUUUUCGGACAUAGAUUCGCGUCAAAAAGCUAUUUACAUAUUUGACGUAAAUAACAACGGCAGUAUAUUUGUAUUUUUAUUUACAUGCACUAGGUAUAAUCAUAUAUUUGUUUAUUUCAAACCUUGAAAUGUGUCGUAAUUGGUCAUUAAAUUCUUUCUAAUGCCGUUCUCUCCCUGCCUUUGAUUGAAAUUGAGCAGUAGUAGGUAACUAGCAUAAUUAUGGGCACUCAGUACUGGUAACCAUGAGAGCGGGUGUUGGUAAACUUACCGCCUUGAUAUGAACAAAAUAUUGGUAAAGAAAAGAACAUUCAAACAACUAAAAACAUUAAUAAAGUGUUCGACACUUUUAUCUGCAAUUGAAU